UAAGCGGCUCAGUGAUGGGAACCGUCGGAAAAGUGCGCACAAUGGGCUUUUCGUAAAAGCGAUUGAUCGUGAAUCAGCAGCUUUGGAUUGACUGUAAUGCUCUAGUCAGACUAAGCAGUUCAGUGCUGUUCUUUUCCAGCUCAAUUGCACUCGCAAAGAAAAGAAGAGCCCCACUAGCUUCGGCAUUUCACGCUUCGGCACCCACGCUCCUCGAGUCCGCCGGCGCUUCCCACUCCAGUCAUUGCCGCCGCCAGUCUUAACAGUCCGGUUCCUGCGCCAUCCGCGCAUCACUCCACCAGCCUGUGAAAUGGCCACAAUACAGGCACCCAACGCCCUGGGUGCACAGGACACGAAUGCGACCACUAAGAAGCGGACCCACCCGGAAGACUUCAAGCGCGCCUAUAAAGCAUGCAUCAACUGCCGACAGCGUAAGGCAAAAUGUAUUCUAGGUACUGGCCCAGAUGGAGGUGAGCUAAAGCCACCGUGCCAACGAUGUAAACGCGAGAUGCGAGAAUGCGUUUUCCGAUCUGAACGAUCUUGGGUCAAGAGACGGAAACCGGGGGAGGCGAGAGAAGAAGAGGAUGAGGAGUCCAUUUCGAGACCUCAGCCACCUGGCCCCAGCCCAUCUGUACCUGUACCUGCACCUGUACCCGCUCAGCCGUCGCCAGCCCAGCGAUCGUCCAUCUCGGGCCAUGGAUUCACGCCCGUACAAAGCCCUUAUAUUAAUGCACAUUCACAUCGCUCUGAUAUCCUGUCGCCACCUGCUCAUCUUCGACGGGUGUCAUCGUCUCAGCCAGACCUUGCUCACUCCGUUAUGAGAACUGUUGUCUCCAGUGGCAGUGAUGCGUUGAACCUGCUCUUCGAAGCAGCGCAUCAUCGCGAUGCUAUCGACAACCAAGAAGCGAACGGAUCGCAGGCAUACGAAACACCCAGGUCUGGACCGUCCGGUGGGUACGAUGCUGGCUCACCAUACCACACCUUUCGAGCACAGCCUGUACAGAUGUCAACGCCGUCGCCAGAGACGUUGAAGAUAUGGACGUCAUGUCGUUUCGUGCAGAUGGGCUGGUUCUCCGCGCACGAAGCUGUGACCUAUGUCGACUUAUUCUUCAAGAACUGCUCGCCACUAUCACCCAUCCUCGGCGAAUUUUACUCACAUCACGACAACCACUACUCGCUGAUAGCCCUGGACCCUUUUCUCUGUGUAACAAUUCUUAUGAUUUCGUCUCGUUACAACAUCUUGCCAGGAGUCGGUGGCGCAUCAAGAGGCUAUUUCGUCCAUGAUCGAUUAUGGGAGCAAUGCCAGCGCUUCAUCAUGAAAAUCAUGCUCGGCCAGGUCAAGCCCUCAAAAGCACAAAGCCGAACGAUCGGAUCGAUUGAAGCGCUCUUACUGCUAUCGGAAUGGCAUCCACGCGCAUUGCAUUUUCCUACCGCAGCAGAUGGGUGGGAUUGUGAGCUGAUGAUCGGCGCCAACAACACAACAGCCGAAGGUGCCAAGCUGUUAGAAGGAGAUACAACGUCAAGUAGAUGGCUCGAGGAUGUGAUAGAGCCUGCAAAACGAUCAGACCGAAUGUCGUGGAUGCUGAUGGGCUCCGCGCUAUCAUUAGCCCAAGAGUUAGGUCUGUUCGAAGAUAACACCAGCAUCGACAAGGACCAAAGAUCUUAUCCCAAGUCAUCAAGCGAAUUCUUGACCUUACGUCGAAUUCGAGCCCGGAAGCUUCUUUAUGUCUUGCUUGAGCAGCUGUCGUGGCGCCUCGGCUGUACCUCGAUGAUACCCCAAAGCUUGAACCAUGCUCUGAUGGAGAAAAUUCCAGUUGACUCGGCGACAGGCGCUGUCGAGCAAUGGCAGUCGUUCAUGAGCGCAUGGGUUGAGCUCACCAAACUCGCGCGUUCCGUGUCUGAUACAAUCUACCCCUCUGCGGCGACGACAAAGAGUCUGUUACGCACUGGGAGGUACAUCGGACUGCUUGAGCAUUUCCAACCCCUGCUCACUUCGUGGAGGAAGAAGUAUCUUGAUCCUUGCAGACUGAAAGUAGGACUCCACGACAUGCUCACCAUUGAGUACCAAUACGUCCGCAUCUACACUAAUUCUGUGGGCAUGCAAGCUGUUGUCGAGCGCACACUUGCCGAAACAGACACUGACGUGCCCCAAGACGAAAUCCUGCCUAUGAACCUUGAACCCAGAGAUUAUGACUUUAUCCAAGAGGUGGUUGAUGGUAGCUGUCAGAUCCUGCAGAAGGUGGUCCAGCUAUCAGAGUCAGGCGCUCUGCGGUACUCGCCAGUGCGGAUAUUCUUGCGAAUCACUACAUCGUCAAUAUACCUCAUUAAAGGUCUGAGUUUGGGCUCAAGGAACCAGAAGCUGCAGUCGUCCCUUGACAUCUUAGAUGCAGCGAUCCGCGCUUUGCGAGCUAGCGUACUUGAUGACAUGCAUCUUGCCUCACGCUACGCGACCCUUCUCGAAUUGCACGUCGCCCGACUACGCGACAGCUUUGUUGUGUCCUCACGCCCCCCACGAAUCCCAUCUCGUGCGACAUCCGCGGAGCGCAAUGGCACCACAGGGACCAUGGACUUUCUUAACAACCACGCUGGUCAGUCGGCACUUGCUGGGCUGGCAGGUGAUGUGACGGGCAUGAUGCCUGAUGACGAUUGGCUUGCGCUGCCCUUCGAUCCGGCGAUGGCGCCCUUUGGGUUGGACAAUCAGCAGAACUUCCAGAGCUUUGAUGAUGGAACAUUAGAUUUCAUCUGGAAUUUGCCAAUGUAGGAUGUGCAUGCAUAGAAUAGUCUCAUUCUACAAUUCGCAGGAACUAUGGUAAUAGAAGGCUCGACACCCCAUCCUCACUUUCGCCGCUUCUCGAACCCAACAUCCUCCCAAUCCUCCUUGAUCAUAUCCGCGCCCUUCUCCGCAAGCA